GGCGGUGGCAGCUGCCGAGGCGGCCGGCGCCCCCGUGUUCUCGUGCAGCCAAGCCGUAGGAAGCCUGAGGGAGGGUUUUGCUUGGUGAAUUCGGGGGGCACCCAAAUCCUGGUAAUCCACCCCACCCCGCCCUGAGAGCAGCGCCCGCAGGAGGCGGCCACGCGCGCCCUUGGCAAGCCAGACUGCUGAAGGGAUUUAAAUGAAGCCAUUUAAAGCUAGGCCCUGGGACCCUGGGUUUGGAUUACGGUUUGGCUGAUGUUCUGCUUCCCCCACAACCCCCAUCCGCCGACACUAGAAUUCAUCCUCAUCUCUUUUGCCUCCCGGGUCUCGCCCGAGCUACAGCUGUUGCUGUCACUCCAGUCAGACCCUCAGGGUUGAUUUCGGGGUCCUACAGCUGACUCGGGGGUGUGAGGCUAGGGAGUGCGGGCCGCUGGGCGGGCACUCGAGCGCCCGAGAAACACCCCUCCCUUGGGGCGCCUUCUCCCGGGGAUGGGUUUGGGUCAGGUGGCCCGUCACGUGGAGGAUUUAAACUUGAUACCUUGCGGGGGCGGGGAUUGGAGGACGGCAGGACCGGCUUUCCGAGGUGGGCUGGAAACUACAAAACCGAGCUUCUUGGGAAUGCCUUUUGGGCGAACAGGAAGUGGAGCGUCACCGAAAGGGAGGGGUGGCAGCUCGGGGACUGUCCCCUGCUCCGGGCGCUCAGUUUGCGGGCGGCGCUUUUUCCAGGUUAUCAGUCCAGAGAAUGAGGCAGGGUGGAUGAAGGCUGCUUGGUUUAGGAAAAAAAAAAAAAAAAUGAGCCAGCGAGACGCCCCUUCCGUUUCAUGAUCACCAAGCUGCUAGCAAAUAAAUCGGCUGGCCUCACUGCAAUCUUCUGCACUGAAGUGCAAAGGCCUGUUCGUAUCAAUCUUUGAAGCCAUAAGGAAUUUUAAAAACAAAAAACUGCUAACACAAUGAGCUUUCUUCUUAGGAUCCAUUGACUCCUUGAAUCCUUACAAGUCAUUGAUGUUGUUCUUAGGAUGUUGUUUCUUACUCCUGUUGUGAUACAGAUCAUUGGAUUGAUCAUGUCCAAACAUCAUCAUCAUCCUGUCAUCAUCAAUAGCUACAAUUAAUCGACAGCUCCAGGAGAGAGGUGUUGCCAUAUCUGCAAACUUCCUGGGAGAGUAAUGGGGAUUCGAGUGCUUCGUUUCUCUUUGGUGGUCAUCCUUGUGUUACUGCUGGUAGCUGGGGCUUUGACCAAUUUACUUCCCAACAUUAAAGAAGACAAGAUGCUCACUUUACGUAGGGAAAUAAAAUCCCAGGGCAAGUCCACCCUGGAUUCUUUCACUCUCAUAAUGCAGACCUACAACAGAACGGAUCUCUUAUUAAGACUUUUAAAUCAUUAUCAGGCCAUACCACACCUGCAUAAAGUGAUUGUGGUAUGGAAUAAUGUUGGGGAGAAGGGACCAGAUGAAUUGUGGAAUUCUUUAGGGCCUCACCCUGUCCCUGUGAUCUUCAAAGUUCAGACAGCAAACAGGAUGAGAAAUCGACUCCAGGUCUUCCCUGAAGUGGAAACCAAUGCAGUGUUAAUGGUAGAUGAUGACACACUCAUUAGCGCACAGGAUCUUACUUUUGCCUUCUCAGUUUGGCAGCAAUUUCCUGAUCAAAUUGUAGGAUUUGUUCCUAGAAAGCAUGUCUCUACUUCAUCAGGUAUCUAUAGCUAUGGAGGUAUGGAAUUACAAACACCAGGGCUUGGAAAUGGUGACCAGUACUCUAUGGUGCUGAUUGGAGCCUCGUUCUUCAAUAGCAAAUAUCUUGAACUCUUUCAGAGGCAACCUGCUGCUGUCCAUGCUUUGAUAGAUGAAACUCAAAACUGUGACGAUAUUGCCAUGAAUUUUAUGAUUGCCAAGCACAUUGGGAAGACAUCAGGGAUAUUUGUGAAACCUGUAAAUCUGGGCAAUUUGGAAAAAGAGACCAAUGGAGGCUAUACUGGAAUGUGGCAUCGAGCUGAGCAUUUUCUGCAAAGGUCCUAUUGUAUAAAUAAGCUCGUUAAUAUAUAUGAUAGCAUGCCUUUAAAAUACUCCAACAUUAUGAUUUCCCAGUUUGGUUUUCCAUAUGCCAACCAUAAAAGUAAAAUAUGAAAGUAGAGCAAACAAGCAAGAACAAACUUGAAACCUGCUUGGUAUUUGAAUAGUUUUUCCAUGCCCUAUGCUCUGUAUGUCUUUUUGGUUUGUUUUUGUUUUAAGCAACAUUGUGAACAUGUAUCUACUCCAAAAGUCUCUACAAUAGGAAAAAUGUACAAUGUUCAUAGGAUGUAAAACUCAUAUUAUCUUCAAAAACCAAGAAGCUGAUCUUAUUCAUAUAGGCCUUAUUGUGAAGACUUUUUAUCCAGAAAUGUAAUUCCUUGGUCAGUAAUUUUAUUUUUACAGCCUGAGACUGUACACUACAAUUUCUUUGACUCUUGGCAUUUGCCUUAAGGACCUACAGCAAGCUGUUUCCAGGAUCAGACACUCAAGAAAGGCAUUUUUCAGCUUUUUCACUAAAGUUUGGUUAUUUUUGUUUGAAGCCUGAAAUGCCUCUUCUGCAAGAGCCUGUGAUGUAGGGAAAGCCAUGUAGGAAAGAAUAGUCUCAAUCCCAUAGGAAAAUAGGAAACUGUAUGGCUGCCAGUGCUGUUCCUAUGGCCCUUCCAGACUCUUCCAAGACAAACUCGACCCAGCAUGGUUUUGAUGUAACUGUCUGUGCUCUCAUUUUUGUUACUAUUAGUCUGUUGUGACUGAAAAGGUUAAUUUUAGUAGCUGAAGGAUGUCUAGUUGUUUGCUUGAUUUUUGUAAAUAUUUACUGCAUGAAUCACAGAAUAUUGCAGCCUAUGUUUCUUACAUGCAACUUAUAUGCAGCAAGUAUUAAAUGUUUAUUGGAUUCAAUAGUGCAUUUUGUCACUGAAUCUGAUCUUAAGAAUGUAGGGUAAUUCUUAUAUUUUAUACAAAGUAUAUGUUGUUUAAGAAAUGUGUAUAAAAUAACUUUUAAGAGAAUGAUUAAGUAGGAACUGGAAGAAGUUUAAUAAAAAAAUAGAAACCCUAGUAUCAAAAGAUCUUUGUUGUUAAAGUAUAGGUUGCCUGAUGAAUACUAAGAAGUUGUUUGUAUUGCACAGGCAGUCAAACACUGAGAUUAAGAACUUUUUUUUUCCCAGAAAAUACCCAAGGCACUAUUGAUCAUGAUGAGAUUUCAAUUAACGUAGAUCCAGGAAAAGUUAAAACUGAGUCAUAGCAGAGGAAUUCUGUAGGGAGUCUGUAUCAGUUAAUUAUCAAGUCCCUGUAUGUGAAUUAGUGUCUAUAUUCUACCCAGGGUUUGUGUUUACUCAUUGUUCACUACUGGUGGCAAGGAAUACUUAAUUACGCCUCUGUCUACUAUUUCUCCUCAUCCUUCUCCCAUUGCUUUUACUCCUUCUCCUUCCAUAAUACAGUUAUAAUUUUAUCAUUUCAAAACCGAGAAUAUUAAAAUAGCCAUAUGUUAAUGUUACAAUAAUGAGAUCUUUAUGCAGUUAAGUUAGUGUGUGAGUGUGUUAUUUCUUUACUUUGCAGUUUGUAUGUGCCCUGGUGCAGUCAAAUAAAAAAAAAAAAGAACUUGGAACCUCAUUAAAGAUGAAUAAUGUAAAUUAUCUUCUUUGUUCGAACUCAAUCUUGGCAGUAGUUUUUUGCCUCUUGGGACAAAUAAAGCAGAGUUUUCCCAUCCA